UCAAUCAAUUCGAAAAAAUUAAAAAGACAUAAACUUAUAUUAUGUGAAACUGAUAAAAGUGGUGUACUUCAUAUUGGUCGUCAAAUUGAUUAUGAACGAAAAGCAGCUGAAUAUCGACAAACAACAGGUGCUUAUGAAGAAUUAACUUCUAAUCCAUUCAAUGACAUCAUUUGUACUGUGACACGUUUACUUAAUCAUUUAAAGUCAUUCAAGCGAAUAUAUGAAUGCCAACGAAUCAAAAUGAUGCCUAUUCGCGAGAAGACUGAAUUAGCUUAUAUGUAUUUUAUUCCUAAACCACAUAAGGUAACCAACAUUUUAUACAAUUUUUUUUUCUC